CUUGUUCCUCACAUGUCAACACGAGCCAGGCAACAACAACAACAACAGCAACACAACACGUGCCGCUGCGGGGCAAAGGAGCGCCUCACGUGUGUUACCUGCUGUGUUACCUGGCUGUGUUACCUCGCUGUGUGCUCCACGGGCGGGGCUGGGGCACGGAGGGGCUCGCCGGCAGGAGGAAAGGUGCGGCGUCAUGGGGGUGACCACCCAGUACCUGCGCUAUGUCCCCGGGCAGGUGUUUGGGCUGGUGGGCACGGGCAGGUGUGUGUGCUUCGUCACCAGGUUCAGCCAGGUGGGAAAGUUCCUGGCCGCCCCCGCCUGUGAGCGUGUGCUGAUAUGGGACCUGAGGAGGGAGGCAAAGGUCCUGACCCUUGAUGGUGACGUGCGCGGGGCAGUGAUGGUGAUGGAGCCUCGUCCCACAGCACCUGGCUCACUGGACAACAGUCACCUGGCGGCCGGCUACUCUGACGGCUCCGUGGUGGUGUUUGACCUCAUGAGCGGACAGCCCCUAAAGUUCACAGGCCACCGAGGGGGGGUGUCAAGCCUGGGAUGGGACCCGCAGGGGAUGAGGGUGGCGUCGGGGAGUGAGGACGGGGAACUGGUGGUCUGGGAUGUGGUGUCGGAACGCGGGAUGGUGCGUCUGCGUGGCCACAAGGGGAAGGUGACGAGGAUACGCUUCCUGCAGAGCCGCAACGUGCUGGUCUCAUCCUGCCGCGACACAUUCAUCAAGCUCUGGGACCUGGAGACACACCACUGCUUCAGGACACUCGCCGGACACAGGGCUGAGGUGUGGGAUUUCGUUCUCCUGAGGGGGGACACGCGCCUCAUCUCUGGCAGCAGCGACGCGGAGCUACGAGUGUGGGCGCUGAACUUCAAGGACACAGAGAAGGAGGAGGUGGAGGUGAAGAAGAAGGAGGAGGGAGCUGAAGGGCCGCCAAGCAAGAUGUUCCGGCUUGACACAGAGGGAGCGGUGAAGCCCAAGCAAGAACAAGAUGAGGAGAUGAAAGAUGAUGCUAGCAUCCUGGAGGUGGUGAGGCUGGGCAGUGUUCUUCGCUCCCGUGGCGACCGAGUGUGUGGGCUACAGAGUGACGGGCGUGUGGUGGCCUGCCAUGGUAAGGGGCCCAUCGUGGACCUGUUUGCUAUCCUGACAGACGAGGAGGUGGCGGCCAGGGCUGCUAAGAGGGGAAGGAAGGAACGCAAGAGGGCAAGAGAGGGCAGCACCACCACCACCAUCACCACCGAGGCACCGCAGCUCGCCGACGAAAUCCGCAAGCUGCCAAGUCUCCGCGCCGCCAACAAGCUCCUGGGGGUGGACGUCCUGAGCGAGAGGUCCGGCAUGGUGCGUGUGGCGGCCCUGCACAAUGACAACAGCCUGGCACUCCUCACCUCAGAGUUCAGUGCCAAGGAUGCCAAGAGGGAACCAGAGAGAACACCAGUCAAUGUGUUUGGGCGCCCAGGUCACAGGACAGAGGUGCGGGCGGUGGCCUUCACCUCCCUCAGCGACCAGGUGGUGACCGCCAGUGCCGACUCCCUCAAGGUGUGGAACAGAGGCGACACGCAGGCGGUGGUGACAGUGCCGUGCGGAUCAGCUGCCUCCCUGGUGGUGGUGCCCGGGGAUCGUCACGCCCUGCUGGGGACACGCUCGGGGCACCUUCAGCUCAUCGACUUUGCCUCGGCCACGGUUUUAGAGGACAUCCUGGCCCAUGAACCCGACGAGACAGCCACGGAUACGGGCGUGUGGACUGUGGCACUUACACACGACGGGCGUGGCUUUGUGUCCGGCGGCAGUGAUAAGAUGGUCAAGUUCUGGAAGUUCGAGUUGGUGAAGGACGAGAAUGGCCAGGGCAAGAGACUCAGCUUCAUGCAGGACAGCCGAGCCCUCAAGGUGGCGGACCAGGUGACAUGCGUGAGGUGUUCCAGCGGAGGCAAGUUCCUGGCGGUGGCGACCCUCGACCUCAAGGAGACCAUCUACUUCAUCGACUCCCUCAAACUGUGUCACGAGCUCUAUGGCAAGUCCCUUCCGGCCACCUGCAUGGACUUCUCAACAGACAGCAGCCUCAUCGUCACCGGCAGCAAGGACUCCAGCCUCAGGAUAUAUGGCACUGACUUUGGGGACCAGCGCAGGCUACUCAAGAACGCUCACCAGGGCGGCGUGACAGACCUGCGCUUCAUACCCAAAACCCACAUGUUCUUCUCCUGCGGACACGAUGGGACGGUCAAGCAGUGGGACGCAGACAACUUCCAGAGGAUCAUCACCUUGGAGGGACACUCAGGCAUAGUGAGGUGUCUGGCAGUGUGUCCGAGAGGUGCGUGGGUGAUCAGUGGGGGGCAGGACCGCUCCCUUAGGCUCUGGGAACGCACUCAGGAGCCGUUGGUCUUGGAGGAGGAGCGCGAGGAGGAGAUGCGGAAGAAGGAGGAGGAGGAGGGAGGUGCGACGGCCACACAGAGACGGGUGCUGCCAGGGGAGGAUGGUGCGCAAGCUGUGAGGCCGACCGUCACUACACACCACACAGAGAAGGCAGCUGACAUGAUCCUGGAGGUACUGGGUGUGUAUCGCGAGCAGGUGGAGUCCGGGGGCCAGGCCGAGCCACACUACCUCAUGACCUACGUCUACCACACCUCCGACCCGCUGCGGCUGGUGUUGGAGGUGCUCAGAAGGGUCAGAUCAAGCGAGCUUGAGGAGGCCAUUCUGGUUCUGCCACUUGAUCGUGUGCUGGAGCUUCUGGUGGUGGUGCGUGCUCUGCUGCGGCGGGGCUGGGCGGUGGAGCUGGCGGCCAGGGUGCUGGUGAUGGCGCUCAGAGUCAACCUGCCACAGCUCCUCGCCUCUGCCACCGCCAAGCCUGUCAUCCAUUCCCUCGCGGCACUCCUACCUAAGAAGAUGCAGGAGGUGGAGGACAUGAUCGGCUUCAACCUGGCCGGCCUGCGCCACCUCAAGGACAGGGCCGAGCAGCGGUCCGAGACUCAGCUGUUCGUGGAGGCUUCGCAGCGAGUCAAGGAGUCGCGACGCAAGAAGAAGAAGAAGGACCGGGCCGUCAAGAGGGUCCUGAUGGCCCUAUAGUGGAGGCUCCCUAUGGCCGCGGCUCUGCUGUGUACCAUAAAAAUAAAUCUUUCCUACGCACUU